AAAACAAACAGCAGAGGACACCAUUUUCAGGGUGAAGCAGCAAUAGCAAAUUCAAAUAUGGCGAAAAAACAAGUAUGGGUUCACUCUUCACACCCUCGGUCGCCUUCUUAUCUCUUCUUCUCCAUCGUUGCCCUUUCUUUCCUUUCCCUUAUGGCCCUCCUCAUCUACAAGGUGGAUAACUUCGCUUCACAGACGAAAACCAUCGUGGGUCAUAAUUUAAAGCCGACGCCGUGGCAUAUUUUCCCGCGGAAGAACUUCACUGAUGAAUCCCUACAUACUCGCGCUUACAAGAUCAUCCAAUGCUCCUAUCUAACUUGUCGCUACGCCGCCACCGACGGUGCCGCUCAACCCUCGGAAGAGAACAUGGAGAAACGGCGGGGUUUAGUUUCAUCUCGUAGCCCUCCAAAAUGCCCAAACUUUUUCAAGUUCAUUUACCGUGAUCUUGAACCAUGGUUCAAAACCCGGAUAUCCAUUGACAUCAUAACUCAAGCCAAGAAGCACGCUGCGUUUCGUUUUGUUAUCGUGGAAGGGAAACUGUUUGUCGAUUUAUAUUAUGAUUGUGUACAGAGUAGAUUGAUGUUUACCCUAUGGGGAAUUUUACAGCUUCUGAAAAAGUAUCCUGGGAUGGUCCCUGAUGUCGAUAUCAUGUUCGAUUGCAUGGAUAAGCCUUCGAAUCGAGUCAAAAACGGGUCAUUGCCGUUGCCUCUGUUCCGGUAUUGCACGACCGAGGCUCACUUGGACAUCCCUUUUCCUGACUGGUCCUUUUGGGGUUGGCCAGAAGUAAAUAUACAGCCUUGGGAUGAGCAGUUCAAAAAAAUUAAGCAGGGUUCACAAACUCAAACCUGGGCGAAGAAGAUUGUGCAUGCCUAUUGGAAAGGAAACCCGGAUGUUGAAUCUCCAAUACGUAUGGAUCUAAUGCAGUGCAAUGACACUAAUUUGUGGGGUACAGAAAUUAUUCGUCAGAACUGGACAGAAGAAGCAAAGGCUGGGUAUGAGCAUUCCAAACUAUCCGAUCAGUGUAAUUAUCGUUAUAAGAUAUAUGCUGAAGGCUAUGCUUGGUCUGUAAGCUUGAAAUAUAUUCUAUCUUGUGGUUCACUUCCCCUAUUAAUUUCCCCAAAAUAUGAAGACUUCUUCAGCCGUGGUCUCGUUCCGAAGUUAAACUACUGGCCCAUCUCUUCCGUUGAUUUAUGUCACUCUAUCAAGUUUGCCGUCGACUGGGGUAAUACAAACCCAUCACAGGCAGAGGCAAUUGGGAAAAGAGCACAACAACUGAUGGGAAGUAUAAGCAUGGACCGUGUUUAUGAUUACAUGUUUCACCUAAUGUCACAAUAUGCCAAGCUGCAAGACUUUAAGCCAGUCCCGCCUUCGUCGGCGCAGCAAGUAUGCGAAGAAUCACUGCUUUGCUUUGCAGAUGAAAAGCAAAAGGAAUUACUUAAGAGAUCGGCAGUCACCGCGGUUUCGUCGACGCCUCCCUGCACCCUCAUUAGGCGUCCCAACCCGUAUUUUUUCAACAUUUGGGCUGAACAGAAGCAGAAAAUAAUUGAUAAUGUGAGAGACAUGGAGAAUAGAACAAAUGCAGCUAUCACAUAGAUGAUAUAGGUAGUACAAAUUUAUGUCUGAUGUUUCUUACAGACUAUGUUUUAUAUUUAUAGGAUUAACU